GCGUGCCUGACAGCGGAGCGCGGCGCAGAGCGCAGCAGCACACAGACAGACAGGCAGCGGAGUUGGUACGAACAUCUUCGACUUCUCAAACCAAACCAAAAAAAAAAAAAAAAAAAAAAAAAAAACACCUCGACUGCUCUCCAGCUGCUCCGCGCACAGACAUGCCUCGGACUGAUCGCUGAUUUUUUGGGGGGGAUUUACGUUGGAUUUAAGCGUCUGAUCAAUCCGGAGAAGAUGACUAAAUGUGAAGUAAACAGCGCAGGAGAAAGUGUGCCUUGUUUGGAGCUGAACGGGUCUUGUGCCACAACAUAAAACUCGGAGCGCAUCAAAAGGCCAGCAGCAGCCUGUAGCACCAGUUAGCUCGGCCGGCUAACGCUAGCCUGCUAACGUUACAGGUGUUUAGGCAGCAAAAUAACCAAACAUAACUUGUAGCUGUAGUUAGCUGGCCACAAGAGGAACUCCCAUGACGUGACUUCAAACUGAACUUAAUGUGCCUGUUGUAAGCUUUUUAGCAAACGCCAAGUAGCAAGUAUAACACUUAGCAACAUUGUUAUUAGCCGUUAGCUUUUCAGUUAGCCGCUGUCCCGUGUUUACAGCAGCAGCAGGCUAGCCCCACUAGCCACCAAGCUAGCGAGUUAACUUUAUAGCUACAUGUGCUUAUUUUCUUAUGUAGCUAAUCUUUCGCUGUUUAACUCGACUCGACUCUGGACUCGUUUUAGUUUUAGUGACACCCUUUAUUUUUGCUAGUGAGCCAGUUAGACUUUUUUUUCCUCUCUCCCCACCGUGCCUGCCCCUGGACUGACCCACCCACAAGGACUUAUCUAUCCGGGGCCGAUGCUGACAGUUCAGCCCGGAUCACGGCAACGCCAGGAGCCGCUACAGCAAUGCAGCCCCAGCAGAUAUACGACUUUUCAAGUGACGAGAACAGUCACAAAUGGAGAGGCCUCUUCGUGCAAGCUUUACGAAAGGUACAGAAGCAGGUCCACCCAAACCUCAUGGCGAAGGAGGACGCCCUCCAGCACAUCGAGGAGCUGAUCCUGCAGCUGCUCAACAUGCUGUGUGUGGCCCAGCCUCGCUCCGUGCAGGACGUAGAGGAACGUGUCCAGAAAACCUUUCCCCACCCAAUAGAUAAGUGGGCGAUCGCUGACGCCCAGUCAGCUAUCGAGAAACGCAAGAGGAGAAACCCCUUACUUCUCCCUGUGGACAAGAUACACCCGCUGCUUAAGGAGGUUUUGGGCUAUAAAGUCGACUACCAUGUUUCCCUCUACAUCGUGGCUGUUCUUGAAUACAUAUCAGCAGACAUACUGAAGCUGGCAGGCAACUAUGUCGGCAACAUUCGGCACUAUGAAAUCAGCCAGCAGGACAUCAAGGUGUCCAUGUGCGCAGACAAGGUGUUGAUGGACAUGUUUGACCAGGAGGAGGACAUCGGUUUGAUGUCGCAGUGCACAGAGGAGCCGUCGUCCUCCGGGGAGCUCACGUACGACGACCUGGUGAGGCUUGAAAUCGCGGAGGAGAGGCAGUACCUGCGCGAGCUCGACCUCAUCAUCAAAGUGUUCCGCCAUCACUUCCUGUCCAACCCCAAAACCUUCACGCCUCAGGAUGCGGAGGUGAUCUUCACUAACAUCCUGGACAUCCACGAGCUGAGUGUGAAGCUGCUCGGACUGAUUGAGGACGCCGUGGAGAUGACGGCCGACGGCAGCCCUCAUCCGCUGGUGGGCAGCUGCUUUGAAGAUCUAGCAGAGGAGCAGGCGUUUGACCCCUACGAGACCCUGUCUCAGGAUAUUCUCAGCAAGGAUUUCCACGAGCACUUCAACAACCUGAUGGCACGACCGACUGCUGGCCUCUACUUCCAGUCAGUUGCAGAAGGCUUCAAAGAAGCGGUCCAGUAUGUCCUCCCACAGCUGAUGAUGGUCCCAGUGUAUCACUGUAUGCACUACUUUGAGCUACUACAGCAACUUCAGGAGCGCAGUGAAGACCAAGAUGACAGAGAAUGUCUGAAACAGGCCAUCACAGCGCUGCUCAACCUUCAGUGUAGCGUGGAGCGCAUCUAUGCCAAGCACCUGCCUCGCCGUAAACCUGGCGAGCCCAUGUACCGCCUGUACAGCAGACAGGUUCGUAGCAAACAACUAGCCAUCAAACGCAUGAACGAGAUCCAGAAGAGCAUUGACGGCUGGGAGGGGAAGGACAUCGGUCAGUGCUGCAGCGAGUUCAUCCUGGAGGGACCGCUUUUACGAGCGGGCGCCAAGCACGAGCGACACAACUUCCUGUUCGACGGCCUGAUGAUCAGUUGCAAGGCCAAUCAGAGUUCACGGCUCCCGGGGUCGGGCAGCGGGGCAGAGUACCGCCUGAAGGAGAAGUUCGUGCUGAGGAAGAUCCGCAUCGUGGACCGCGAGGACUCGGCGGAGCUGCGGCACGCCUUUGAACUGAUAGGCAAAGAUGAAAACUGUGCGGUUUUCUGUGCACGGACAGCGGAAGAGAAAGCGGCGUGGAUGGCGGCGCUGGUGACUCUGCAGUACCGCUCCACUUUGGAUCGCAUGUUAGACACAGUGUUGCAGCACGAGGAACAGGCACAUCCUCUAAGACUGCCUUCCCCGGAAGUUUACCGCUUUGCUGUGCAGGACUCUGAGGAGAAUAUAGUUUUUGAGGACAAAGUUCAGAGCAAAACAGGAAUCCCCAUCAUUAAAGCCGGCACAGUCGUCAAGCUCAUAGAGAGGCUCACCUACCACAUGUAUGCUGAUCCUAACUUUGUGCGCACGUUUCUUACGACAUACCGAUCAUUCUGCAAACCACAGGAGCUUCUCACCCUGCUGAUAGACAGGAUCGAGAUCCCUGAGCCAGAACCCACUGAGGAGGACCGACAGGCUCUCUGGAACGGCGACCAGCCGAUGGCGGCCGAGCUCCAGAGGUUCCGCAAGGAAUACGUGCAACCAGUCCAACUCAGGGUCCUCAACGUUUUCCGUCAGUGGGUCGAACAUCAUUUUUACGACUUUGAAAACGAUCCAGAGCUGAGAAGUCGAUUAGAGGAAUACAUCACUAGCAAAAUUCAACUCCGAGGCAAGUCUAUGAGAAAGUGGGUGGAGUCCAUCAAUAAGAUCAUCAAGAGGAAGCUGCAGACGCAAUCAAACGGCGUCAGUCACAACAUCACCUUCGAGAGUCCGCCUCCUCCCAUCGAAUGGCACAUCUGCAGAGCGGGCCAGGUGGAGUCGUUCGAGCUCAUGACCCUUCACCCCAUAGAGAUCGCCCGCCAGCUGACUCUGCUCGAGUCGGAGCUCUACAGAGCCGUCCGGCCGUCCGAGCUGGUCGGCAGCGUCUGGACCAAAGAGGACAAAGAGAAGAACUCACCGAACCUGCUCCGUAUGAUCCGUCACACCACCAACCUCACGCUGUGGUUCGAGAAGUGUAUUGUAGAGACCAUGAACCUGGAGGAGAGGGUGGCGGUGUUGACACGGGUCAUAGAGAUUCUGCAGGUUUUCCAGGAGCUCAACAACUUCAACGGUGUGCUGGAGGUGGUCAGUGCCAUCAACUCGGUCCCGGUCUACAGGCUCGACCACACCUUCGAAGCAAUACCAGAGAGGAAAAAGAAAAUCCUGGAAGAAGCUGUGGAACUGAGCCAGGACCAUUUUAAGAAAUACUUAGCUAAACUCAAGUCAAUAAACCCGCCCUGUGUGCCUUUCUUUGGUAUCUAUUUAACCAACAUCCUGAAGACGGAGGAAGGCAACCCGGACUUCCUCAAACGCCACAGCAAGGAGCUGAUCAACUUCAGCAAGAGGAGGAAAGUGGCGGAAAUCACCGGAGAGAUCCAGCAGUAUCAGAACCAGCCCUACUGCCUGAAGGUGGAGCACGAUAUCAGGAGGUUCUUUGAGAACCUGAACCCGAUGGGAAGCAGGGGUGAGAAGGAGUUUUCUGACUACCUGUUCAACAUGUCUCUGGAGAUUGAGCCAAGGAACUGCAGACAGGCUCCCCGAUUUGCCAGGAAGACCAUGUACAAUCUGAAAUCACCAGGGAUCCGGCCUGUGCGAACGUCUACCUCUGGCACCCUGAAGGGCCACCCGGUCCCCCUGGAGAGGGAGCCGCCCCAUAAGAUCACCUUCCGGAGUAUCGCCGAGACCGAGCCGGAGACACCGGCGUCGGUCUCCGUGCCCACCUCUCCGAACACGCCAACACCCCCGCAGUCGGCCUCCUCUGACCUCAGCUCAGUCUUCAUGGAGCACGACCUCAGCAGCUCCUACGGCGGUAGCAACUCCAUAUUUGCUACAGUUCUCCUUCCGCCUUCAAAGUUUCAGUCUGUGUCUUGUGGCAGCCUCCACCAGCUCGGAGAGGAGCUGCUGAAGCCGCCUCCUCUGCCGCCACGAAGGAAAGACGCGAUGUCUGAAGCUAAACUGAGCUCCAGGUCCGACAGCCCCCCAGCCAUCCCUCCCCGGCUGCCCCCUCCUCUGCCCAGGAACCAGCCUCGACCGCCGGUGUACAACGGCCCCAUCGACGGCCCCCUGCCCAGCCCGCCGCCUCCGCCUCCUCGCGACCCUCUGCCAGACACGCCUCCCCCGGUGCCCCAGCGGCCCCCGGAGAUCUUCAUCAACUACCCGCUCAACCUGCAGCCUUCCCCCGUGGGCCGCUACCACUGGGACUUCAGCAGCUCGCCCAGCUCGCCGAACACCCCGCCCAGCACGCCGUCGCCUCGCAUCCCCAGGCGGAGCUGCCCGCUCAGCGCCAGCCAGAACAGCCUGUGCCCUUUACCUGUCCCCAUCACCGCUCCCCCUGUCCCCCCACGCCACAACUCCAGCCCGCAACUCCCCAAACUCCCACCAAAGACAUACAAAAGGGAGCUGCUGCAGCCGCCAUUACAAGCCCUCUCAUUGGUGGAGAACACCGACAGCAGCCAGUGAGUCCGCUGUCGCUGUAUUUUUUUUUUUUUUUUUUUUUUAAACGCCAAGAGGUGAUCUUGAAAUGCAAACCGUGUCCUGCAAACUACGACACAAAGCUACUGAUCAGAAAGAAUAACACUGCUCCCCCCUUUUUCUCCCCGCCAAACACACACACACACACACACACACACACUCUUAACUCCCCCCACCCGCCCUCUGCAUUAACCAAUCACAACACCCCCCCCCCCCCCCGCUGUGCCUCUCAGGGGAUCAGUAGCUCCGCCUUCAUCAUAAACCCUCUGUGCCAAUGAGAAACCCACACCGGUGUGCCAGCUAAUAAACAACAAGGAGCACCAAGACACUGUUGCUGUGUGUGUGUUUGUUUGUUCUUACGGAGCAGGACUGUCUGCUCCUCAUAGAAAUCUUUGAAAAAAAAAAAAAAAACAAGAAGAAGAAGUUCUCACCCCUCACACACUUAAACUCAAACUUAACCCCACGUCCCACUCCAGUACCAGGGUGGGGGUGCAUGUGGGGGGCCUUGGACUUUGUAGCCUCAACUGUCAUGCUUUGUUUCUUUGGGCAUUGACAUCAUCGUUUUUCAACCCUGGAGUCCUGCUGCAGCUCACAGAUUUUUUUUUUUUUUUUUUUUUUUUUUUUUAACAAAACCUCGCCUCUCCUCAACGAUCAACUUCGACGUAGCUCUUUCACUGUGGGUGUGUGAGCGGCAGGCAAACAACAGACGAUUAUUUCCAUUGACUUGUUUUUCCUACGAACUGAAGAGAAAACAGUUGCCAAAGUCUUAUUUUAUGCAGGGGGAUAAGGGAUUUCCUUUUUUUUUUUUUUUUUUCUUUUUUUUUUUUUAAACUAAUGUGACAUUAAAAAGAAACACGAAAAGGAGGCAACACUGAACCCCCCCCCUCUCCCCGCCCCCCAUAUCUCCCGCCCUCCUUCCACUUGUAUCUCAACUGUACACUGUGACUGUAUAGAAGUGAGUCAAACUGUCUGACUGUUUUUGUUUUACUUUCUUUUUUUUUUGUUAUUUUUUUGGUCAGGCUUCUCCGCAGCCACAAAACGUUGCCUUUAAAAAUCCAACAGCGGUGACCUCUGACCCCCACCCCCCUCACCUCCCCUACUCCUCCCCAGGCUCCACGUCCUCUCGGCCCCGGAUGGGAAAAAACACGAGAGCCGAGAUCACUCCAUUUGCACAUCGAGCUUGGGCAAAGUCAGCAGGUUUUUUUUUUUUUUUUGCGAUGAGACUAUUAAAACAUCCCCCUCUCUCUGCGUCUUUCUCUGUGUGUCGCGCAACAGAGGUGGAGGGGAGUGUGGGAGGGGGGGUGGGGGGGACGUCUGCCACGAUAUCAAACAGCACCGAUCCAGGAGGAAGACGAGGAGAGAAAACUAAAGACGCAAACUGGCGAAAGCAGUUUUUUUUUUUUUGUUCCUCUCUCUCUCUCUCCGACUCUUCGAAAAGCCGAUGUCUUAACCCCCGACCCCCUCAUACAGACGUGUGCUGCUGUCUGACACUGUGCUCUUCUCCAAUAAGCCCCCACAUGACCAACUCUUAACUCAUUGGUAUUAAAACUCAGCACUGGAAGCACGCAACCCCCUCCUCCCACCACCACCACCACCACCACCACCAAAGCUGGGUCAGCUCCCCCCAGUGGCUGCUCCAAAUACCUACAAACCCAUUUAAAAAAAAAGACAAAAAAAAAAAAAAAAAAGAGGAACUUUUUAACCCAAACUUCUUCUUCAUCUCUUUCUUUCUUCUUUUUUUUUUUUCCUGCUCGAAACAUUUUUGGAAAGACUGAAAUAAUCCAUGCAUCAUGCUCAGAUGUGCCUUUUUAUUUUGUUUUCUACUUUACAGAAUAAGCAAAUGGUGUCUAAAAUGCUAAAAAAUAAAGUUGCCUAUGUAAUGUUUAGAACAAAGCUAUACACUAUGAAAUUGUACAUGUUUGUGGAUACUGUGUAUAUAUAACAUGUAUACACUAACUAAAUAAUUUGUAUAAAGUGACUUUUUUUUUUUUUUCCUCCCACCCCUGUUGUAUUGUAUCCCCUCAUCCGCAUCUGUUCAGUCAGUCGAAUAUUGCCUAAUAAUCCAAUGCUGCUACAGUCGGAUAAAAAAUUUAAAAAAAUCAUAAAAAAAAAAAAUCCAAACAAAAACAAAACGAGAAAAAAACAGGUCACUGUCACUAACUUACUUACAGACAAUCUCCAGUUUUAAACACUGGGAGUAUUAACUGAGGAAAGCCAUUUUUUUCUCCCCCCCCCUCCUCCCUCCUGCCCCCC